AUGUAUCAUUUUAAUUUGUUACCUUUCAUCCGUCUUUUUUACCUUUUUAGUUUCAUCUUCCACUCUUUCAUGCUAUUCUUCAUUUUUAUACGUAACACGAGCUUUAAGGCAGCGAUACGCAUAGAUAGGCUCGGUGCCUGUCACGAGGACGUAAUGCUGGCAGACAAGUCUGACGUAUUUAGCAGAACACAUGAUGAGGUGACUAUGAACAGAAAAACGUGUGCAAAAGAUGAAAAGGUAGCGCUAGCAGAUUAUAACACGGGUGCAUGCACAGAUUUGGAAGAUUUUAUGGCUGAUGACACCGAGUGCGUCAUGAAAGCAGGUAAAAUCGAGCACACGUAUCCUUCAAGCAUAGAUCUUUCGAUUUUUCUGUUUAAAAACUUUAGUGCACACCAAAAACGCACGUUUCUUCGGACAUAUGCCCGUAUUUACAGCGCAAUCGCGCCUCGACUCUCAGUUCUGGACAGAGUAGUAAGGCGCACCUCAAAUGACAAGAAGGAACAGCUGGCACAUUACAUGACUGUGCAUGUUCUGAGGUAUGGGAAUGUUAAAAGGAGGAUGAGGUACGCUUUUAGAUGUGUGUAUGGGUGUAACGAGGUUGUGAGCAUGGUUCUGAGCGUUAUCGGGUUUGUGGUUAAUCUUUGGUGUGGCUGGGGAGUUUUACGAGAAAAAACAGAGAAGAGACGAAGAGUGAUACGGGUGCAAAUACCGGUAGGAAUGCAGCGACCGGUAGAGAGCACACCAGCAUGA